AGCGCGGGACACCCUCAAUUGCAGUGGAACCAAUUGGAUCUUGAUGUGUCAAAGGCCCUUCGCUUCUCGGCCCACGGCGCCCGUGAAUCACUCGCAGACUCGUUCUCUCUCAUUGGGCGGAGGUCCAAUUGUUACACCCACCACGUUCGGUCUGCGGGGAACUGUCAGCGUUUGGAGGAAUCGGCGCUCCAGCUCUUGUUAUUGUCCUUGUGUUUGAGUCGGAGUUGGUUUGUAUUCCGAUGGAUAAUCCGACGAUAUUUAACCCGGUUAUGCCGUUCUUAGGAGCAAUUUUUGGUGGAUUUUGUCGUGGGCAGAUGAUAGCAAUACAAGGAAUAUUGCCCAAAGAGAGUGAAAGAUUCCAGGUGGAUUUUCAGCUGGGGUGUAGCACGCAACCUCGUGCAGACGUUGCCUUCCAUUUCAACCCACGUUUUCGGAGAUCUGAAUGUGUGAUUUGUAACACACUCGAGAAGGGGAAGUGGGGACACGAAUUAAAAGUAUACGAGAUGCCAUUCAAGAAAGGAGAACCAUUUGAAAUAAUCUUCUUCGUGAUGGUGGACAAGUUCAAGGUUGCGGUUAAUGGAAAACAUUUCCUGGAAUAUCAGCACAGGUUGAGCCCGGAUAGAGUUGAUACACUUGGAAUUAGUGGUGUAGUUCAAAUUCAAACCAUUGGCUUCUUGGGCAACUCUGAGCUGGAUAAUCCAUAUUCUGACCUUCCGAUAAAGAAGACCAAUUCAAAUGGGAUUCAUUCAAAACCACUCAAAGCUCUGUUGGCUGUCCCUUAUAUGGGUAAAAUUAAGGAUGGAUUGAGCCCAGGUCGGGUAAUCACUGUUCAAGGCAAAAUCAAAAAGUAUCCAGACAGAUUUACCAUAAAUCUUCAAGUGAGUGACUCCAAUGAUAUACCACUGCAUCUGAAUCCACGUUUCAAGGAGAGAAUUUUUAUUCGAAAUUCUUACCUCCAUCAAAGCUGGGGAGAAGAGGAGCGGAAAAUAGAUGAUUUUCCAUUUAAUCCAGAGGCAUACUUUGAGGUUAUUAUUUAUUGUAGUCCUGACUGCUUCAAGAUAGCUGCAAAUGGGAAGCACGUAGUGGAGUACAAACACCGAUUUACCGACUUGAAUAAAAUUGACGUGUUGCAGGUCGAAGGAGAUAUCCAGUUGAUAGAUGUACAGACUUGGUAGGUGGAGGGAAGCUGCAUCCAAUAUUAACACCAGGUGGAAAGAAAGUCAUCUAACCAAAUUCUAUUUCCAAUUCUAGAAAGAGUGCGUGAUCAAAUUGAGAAGAACAUUUUGUUAUCUGGGAUGGUUGUACGAUAUUUGAAGAUCUAUUUGCUCUUGAACUAUGCAACUGAGUGUACUUGAAACCAUGUAUGAAGAUCAUAUUUCCACAGAAGCUCAACCCUUAAAUAUUUCCCAGAAAUACGAGCAUGAAUGGAUUUUAGUUGAGCAUUUACGAUACUUAGCCUCGGAAUACAAAACUCCAAACUUGUCCAAAAGUCUUAACCUACUUCAACCAUUGUCAAUAUUUCCUAAAUACCUAUAUUGUAAGUUAAACUUGUAAAAAAACACAUACAAUUUAAUUAUUUAACUUUUGUAGCAUUUAUUCACCGGACAUAGUUUUUUUAAAAUAAUCAUUGGUAAAUUCUUGGUAGCAUCUCUAAGGCUUAUUGAAAACAUUCUGUAGUACCGAACAUGCGCUGAAGUGCCCACAAGUGGAGAAAUUGUUUUCAGUCUUAUGCACAGUUUUUGCAUGUAUGUAUGUUAAAUUGUGCCCAGAAAAGUUUAUAAUUUCUAUAGAAUAGUUGAUUCAAGUUAAUAACUUUCAUCGUCCAAUAUCUUUGAAAGGCCAAGGUAAAAUAAUUUCAAUUUAAUUGCAUCUCUUUGAUUGUAUUAGGAUCUUUAGGUCUAUAUUUCUCUUUUGUAAAUCUUAUCACUGUAACUGAAAACUACUUUAAUAAUUUUUUUUUGUGUAUGUGCUCGGAUUUCCAGCUGCACGCACUCGGUUUAAGCCACAAUAUUCACUUACAACUAGCACCUUUAACACUCGAGCAUCAAGCCUAAUCUUGACUGCUUGCAACACUAAUUUCCCUUGUACGUUGUGUGUCUAAGACAAGACUUAAUAUUCAAUACAGCUUCAAAUGCUAUGCAAAUGUGUAAUGUAUAUCUCUGCCUACAAACUGCUAUGGCAUAAUGGAACUUUAAAAAA